AUUAUUCAUUAACAAUUCAUCUGUGUCCCAGUUAAGCAUGACUUUUUGAAUGAAAAUUCAUGAUAUUUCAUUUCGAAAAGUCGUCAAAGAAUUUUCUCUACUGUAAAGAAAAUUAUGAAAUGUGCUGACAUCUACAAGUGCAAGUGCAAGUUAUAAAAUAUAAAUAUUAAUUUUUCUGAUUGUCAUUUUGACAACCUUAUUAUUGUAUUAUUAUGAUAUUGCAAAUAUGUCAGUUUGAGUCCGAAGAAAAUUGAGGUAAAACUAUUGAAAAUAAAAAACUGAGAUCAUAUUUUAAGGCCAUACAAUAUUAUGACGACCGAACAGAAAUUCGAAGCUGCGGUAAAUGUUAUACGAAGUUUACCAAAAAAUGGAUCGUAUCAGCCAAGUAAUGACCUUCUUCUUAGAUUUUAUGCAUUUUAUAAACAAGCAACUGAAGGACCAUGUAUAGGAGCAAGACCUGCAUUCUGGGAUAUUAUAAAUAGAGCUAAAUAUGAUGCAUGGAAAAGACUGGGGAAUAUGCCAAAUACUGAGGCUAUGACCAAAUAUAUAGAUGAAUUACAUUCCAUUGUAGAAACCUUGAGUUAUUCUGAUAAAGUAGCCAAUUUUUUGGAGGCAUCAUCAAGCGAAUUAGAGUCCAUCAAUAUGAAUGAUUUGGAAUUAAUUGCUGGAGAUGUUUUACAGAGGGUGCGAUCUCAAACCAACUCGCCUAUCUCCUCAAGGGAUGCCUCCCCUACACACAUCAAUACAAGGCCUGAAUCUCCAAAUACCGAUCCUAGUUUAGCAGAUGAUGAAUCAGAUGAGGAGUAUAUUGAUACUAUCGAGGCUCUGGAACCAAAACGAAUGGCAAAAGAAUCGUUGUAUUAUGAACCAAACAUGAAUGGAAUUUUACAGAAGGAACACUUGUCAAGGAGUAGAACGAAAGUUCAAAAUAUAGAUAUAUCUCUAGAAAUUUCAAGAGCUGUCCAAAAUCUACAGUCAGAUAUUGAAAGUCUAAGGCAUAAAGUACAAAUUUUGGAAAAAGACAGAUUUGCGUUAGCAACGAAAAAUAAGCGCAUUUUUGGGGAAUUUUCACCUGCACUAGUCACAUUCAUUGUAGUUUGGCCAUUUUUAUGUACAAUUGUAAUGAAUAGAUACCUGCGAAAUAAAUAAUUUUCAGCUGAAUUUAUCUGCUCAUUGGGUUUUAAUGGAAUACACUGUAAUUGUAAAAUAUCUGGUUGUUUUUGUUAUAUGAAUUUAUAAGAUGGUUUGGAAAUAAAUACAUGGCAUAUGUAAAUGAA